CUUCCAAAAAAAUACAUUACCUCUUUUUCACUACGACAUCCCACUCUAUUCUUUUCCUUCAGACGUUAAAUAACAAUGGGCAAAAGAUCGAGCGACAAACCGGGCCAGUCUUCAUCCCAGCAAAAGCGUGCUAAGCGCUUCCAGCCGAUGACUGACCGGUUCAAGAACUCGCAGAGCGUUUUCGAGAUUUCGCCUGGAAUGAAGGGUAUUUUUGCCACCUGCAACCGCCACAAGGAGAAGAAGAGUGCCCAUGAGACUAUUGAUCUCCUGGAGGAGUACGCGAGCAAGCUGUACCCGGGCAUCGAGGACGAAAUCAUGAACGAUGGCGAGGAAGACGAAGAUGCUGAUGCUGAUGAGAAACCCGAUGCCCCCAAGGUUGACAUCGAAGACGAAAUCGCGCGCGAAGUCGCCGGUAUGAAGUCUAAGUGGAAGCCCAAGCUCUUCCGCUACUACAACACGAUGAUCGACUGCCUCAUUUUCAUCAAGUGCCACAGGAAGAUCGACCCCGGAAAACUGGUGCAGUUCAUUUUUGAUGACCUGACCAAGACCAUGCAGCGCAAGACCAGGUUUACUGGCCGUAUUGUUCCGGCUCAGGUUACAACCACCUCGAAGCUCGAUGCAAUUGUGAAGGGUGCCACGGAAGUGGCUAGCGAGCUGCUUGCCGAAGACGCCGAGCCAUCGACGUUUGCCCUGGUUGUCAACAUCCGCUACUGCGAUGCUCUCAAGCGCGACGACGUGAUUCCCGCCGUGGCCGCUCCGCUGGACGCCAAGCACAAGGUUGACCUGAAGAAUGCAAAGUAUACCAUUGUCAUUGAGGCGUUCAAGAGCAUGUGCAUCAUUGGACUUGUCGAAGAUUUUAAUGCCCGCAGACGCCUGAACCUGCAGACUUUGUUUGACGAGCCUGAGGCCAAGAAGACUGAAUCUAAAGUUGAAGAGACCGUUGCAGAGACUGCCGUAGAGGUCGCCUCAGAAUCUGCCGCGGAGGCUGUUGCAGAGACUGUUUCUGAAGAGCCCAAGGACGCCGUUGCUGCCAUCGCAAAGGCUGAAAACUGAGUUUAUUUUUUAAACCCUUUGUCAUCAUCUCCAAAAUAAAGAGUACAAUGAAAAAGCAUGCGCAACCAGGAGCACUGCAUUUUAACAUAUUGUCUCUUCACGUCACGCGCUUUUCUUCAGUGUUGUGGAGAUGAAUGCCAAAAGAAGUGGUUGUAUUGUCCAUACCCUUACUUUUGUUUACCCGAGAAUGUAAAAUGUUCAUAAGCACGCGUGGGGAUGAAAUUCGGGAUGUAUGGGGGAAUUGGGGCAGAUGAAGGCGCAUGGGGAAAUUGAAAGUGCACACGAAGCAGGCGUGUCAUUAUAAAUUGCGGGCUGGCAUAUUGGUG